ACUUCCCAUUGGCUUAAUUUCAGUGAACAGGAAAGCAAGCAAAAAACGCCAUUUCAUUUCAUUUUUUAAAAAAAGAAAAAAGAAAAAAGAAAAAAGAAAUAGAAAUAGAAAUUCUCUCUACUGUAAUCCCACCGCCGUACCGGAGAAUUUGUUGGUUAUUUUCCGGCAGCCGGUGUAGCUGUGGAAAGACGAAGAAGAAGAAGAAGUGGAGAGGACAUUUUUUAACUGAUAGACAGGAAAAUUAUUAGAUUUUGUUGGUGUUUUGCUUACCGUUGACGAAUGGAGUGAGUUAGUUUUCUUGGUUGGAAUUUGAGAUAAUUUGUGGUUCAGUUGAAGUUGUGUUUCUGUACGCGUUGUUAGUGAAGGAAUUUGAUGGUUUGUGGAGUUAUUUUGUGUAGGAAGAAACAGAAUUCUUAGUGGAUUUGAUUGCAUUGGUGCUUUUUUUGUUCUUUUGUUUUGGUUUUUUAUUACUGCGAAAUUGGCGUAAUUGAAGAAGAAGAAGUUGUUUUCGAAAGGUUCCUAUUGUUUUAAGUUCUGUUACUGCUAGUCUAACUGAAGUAGACCUGGAGAAAGGAGGAGGACCAAUGGAGGCUGAUUUUCAGCAGCAUCAUCAUAUUCUUCAUGAACAUCAUCAGCAACAACCGCAGAUGAAUUCUGGCUUGACACGGUACCGUUCUGCUCCAAGUUCGUAUUUCAGAAGUCUGACGGAUAGGGAAUUCUGUGAUCAGUUCUUCAAUCGGCCAUCCAGUCCCGAAACAGAAAGGAUUUUCGCACGGUUUAUGACUAGCGGGAGCACUGGUAGCGGCAGUGGCGGUCCAGAAGGUUCAUCUCAGAUCCUCAACGAGUCUCAGAAGAGCGCUCAGGCUGGAGAAAUGCUUAUAACCACUGAAGCAAAUCAACAAACACCUUAUGUGAGCAAUGAAACUAGAGCUAUCCAUCAGCAACCAAGCAAUGUCAACAGCAAUUACCCACCUGUUUCAUCAACAACCUGUUUCUAUCAGAGUUCAAUGAAACCCCCACUUCCAAAUCAGGGUAUGAUUUCAGGAACCGAUGGAUCUGGUUCAAUGGGAAUUGAUCUAAAGCCACGGAUUAGAACAGAUGGUGGAAGAACUUCGAAUCUCAUUCGGCAAAGUAGCUCGCCUGCUGGACUAUUUGACCACAUAAAGAUUAAUGAUAGUGGCUAUGCUGCAUUGAGAGGCAUGGGAAAUUGUGGAACUCGUAGUAGCUUUAACGAAGAAGCCUCUUUUUCUUCUCCAAGCAGGUUGAAGAAUUUCUCACCAAGGACUUUACCACCACACUCAUCAGGGUUGAUGAGUCCCAUGGUUGGAAUUGAGAAAAAAAGUAUCAGAGAAACCAAUCAAGAUACUAAAAGCUUUGCUGAAAGCCAAACCAGUGAUUAUGGUAGUACUAGCUUCCCAGUUGGUUCCUGGGAAGAAUCUGCUGUCAUAUCUGAUAACAUUGUUGGUCAAAAACCACUUGAAGAUAAUGAUGAUGACGAGAAGUCGUACUCGAAUUUUAACAUUUCAGACACUCAGAAGGUGGAUCCCGGAAAUCGCCCUCCUUUGCUUGCUCAUCAUCUUAGUUUACCAAAUACUUCAGCAGAAAUGAAUGCUAUUGAAAAGAUCUUGCAGUUUUCAGAUUCUGUUCCUUGUAAACUUCGAGCCAAGCGUGGCUGUGCUACUCAUCCCAGAAGCAUUGCGGAGAGAGUCAGACGAACUAAAAUCAGUGAAAGAAUGAGGAAGCUUCAAGAGCUAGUGCCCAACAUGGACAAGCAAACUAACACAUCAGACAUGUUAGAUUUGGCAGUUGAGUACAUAAAAGGCCUUCAAAAACAGGUUCAGACACUUUCAGAUAAUCGUGCAAAAUGUAAGUGCUCACAUAGUCAGCAUCAAUAAUGAAAAAAGGGAUUGGCGUGGAAAAUUCUUAUGUACAGAGCCAUUUCAAUUUCAAAUUUUAGGAUAGAACACGAAUCUCUCUCAGGAUGCAACUGCUUAUUUCUGUACUAAUUAAGAAGAAAUAGUGGGUCAACAUUAUUUUCUUUGAAGAUAAAGUUUGCAGAAACAAAAAAGAGAGAGCUGCACAGGACAAGAAGAUAGUGAGGUACAGCGAUUGGAAAUGAAGACAAAGAACUGCUGAAAGCUGAUGGUGCAUGUGAGUUUAGAGACUUGCUGGUACUUUACCUCCACUGUGUAAAUUAAAUAACUAUAUAUGCAUGAUUAGCAGAUCUUAAAGUGCAUAUAAUCUGUCACUUUAGAGAGAGAGAGAGAGAGAGAGAGAGAGAGAGAUUGACUUGGCUAUUCUAGAUCUGGUUAGAGGAAUUAAGAAGGGAAGUUGCCAUUAAUGGCUGACCCAAGGAAUGGCUUUUAGAAAGAAGUGGGAAAAUAAGCUGCCUGAUUUGUAUUAGAAAUGUUACAGAUAAAUUAUUUAUUUUGGUGUUACAUUCCAUUAUUAGUAUCA